CACAGAGCUUCCUGAUGCUAGCAACACAGUAACCCUUCAAACCUAACCUGUCGCUAGCGUUUUUAAUCCAGAGAACAGACUGCACUGACAUCUCAUACCUGGAUCUCAACAGUCACCAUGGAAACGACAAGUGAUAGCUCCUUAAAACACAAGGAUAUCAUUACCAAUAGUGUUCUGAUCCAAUCAGGAACUCCUGCUGUCUACCAGCUGAGACCAAAGAAAGAGAAGUUUGGAACUCUGACAAGAAUCACUGUUGGGGAAAAAAAUCCAAACACGAUAAAUAAAACCAUCUUACUUGUGGGUGAAACAGGAACAGGAAAAUCUACUCUGAUCAACGCUCUGAUCAACUACAACAUGCGAGUGAAGUGGGAGGAUGAAAUCUGGUUUCAGAUUGUAGAGGAGAAGGAAAAAAGUCAGACAGAAAGUCAGACAGAAGAUGUGAUCGUGUACGAGAUCUUUGGUUUUGAAGAUGAGACUGUGCCCUACUCUCUGACCAUCAUCGAUACUCCUGGAUAUGGAGACACAAGAGGGAUUGAACAUGAUGUCAUUGUUAGUGAAAGAUUAUUGGAUUUAUUUCGAUCAGAUGAUGGUGUUCAAGAAGUUCAUGCAGUGGGUCUGGUAAUGAAGGCGAGUGAUAAUCGACUGAGUGACAGACUGGGUUACAUCUUUAAUUCAGUGACGUCUCUGUUUGGAAAAAACUUGGAGAAAAACAUUGUAGCUCUCAUCACACACUCAGAUGGUGUAACACCUGAAAAUGCUCUUGAAGCUCUUGAAGCUGCAAAAAUUAAAUGUGCCAAAAAUGAGAAUGAACCUGUUUACUUCAUGUUCAAUAACCAACAAAAAAAAGACAGAACAAAGAAAAAUAAGAAGGGCUUGGAAAUGGCAUGGAGUGUAUCAGAGGAAGGCAUUAGUGAAUUUUCAAAUUUUUUAAUAAAUAUUACACCACAGAAACUGAUGACAACUGUUGAAGUGUUAAAUGAACGCAUCAGACUGACAGCCUGCAUCCAAAACCUGCAAGAGAGGAUCGAGUUUAUUGAACUGAAACAGGCACAAAUCACACAGAUUAAAGACGAUCUGAAGAAACAUGAAGAGGAGAUGAAGACAAAUAAGAACUUCACUAUAAAAUUUAAUGAGGCCUACAAAGUUGAAGAAGCUAUUGAAGUUGGGUGGUGGUGCUUGAUGGGUGGCUAUGCAGCAGCCGUCAGCUGCAGCAAAUGUAAGGAGAACUGUCACUAUCCUGGAUGCACAUUGGCCUGGUAUCCUGAACACUGUGAGGUGAUGAAGAAGAAAAAUGGAACAUUGUGCUGCACUGUUUGUACCAACAAGUGUCCUGCAUCAGAUCACGUGAAAGAAAGGAAGAUCUAUGUGACCAAAAGUAGACCUGCUGAGAUGACUAAGGACGAAAUGAAAAAUAAAUAUGAAGAGAAUAAAACAGAAAGUGAGAAAAAGUCAACCCUUCUGGAAAAUCUAGAAAAGCAAAUGAACCAACUGACAGCAGAGAAGUCACAGUGGCUGGAUGAAUCCUACCAACAUGUUGUCAAUUUGCAACAAAUCGCCUUGAAUGUUUUUUCUCUGUCCACUGUUAUACACUUGGACUUGAUGAUUGAGAAGAUGAGGGAAAAAGGAGACAUAGGGAAGGUCCAAAAACUGGAGGAGAUGAGAAGCAGAGUGGAUGAAGGAACCACAGCAGCUCUGCAGUAUCUACCUGCAGCUAUGAAAAAAUUUGGAAAAAAAAUAUGGAACAAGAUGACAAACAAUCAGACAGCUCUGUAGAAAUCAACUCAAAUCACAAAUAUUGUCAUGACAUGACUGUAUUUCUGAAAAAAGAAAUGCUUGAAGUGGUUUUUCACUUACUUAUUUAGUCAAUUAUCAUUUAAACGUAUCAGUGACUCUUUUAUUGUUAAUUGGCUGCACGAUGAUGAGACCAACAAUGGAUGACAAUUUGACAAUUUUACUAAAUGAUGUGAUGGGUCCUGUGUUCAAUUAAACAUAUCCCAAGACAAAAUUCUUGGUCACAGAAUUUAGAAAACAUACACAUAGUCAUGCUCAUUAAGGGUCAUUGUAUAAAGAUCUUGGAACAAUGAUUGACUGAAAACUGAACAAUGAAGCAAACUGUGAUUUUAAAUUUAAAAAAAGGGCACCAGUAUUUUUCAUGUUUAAGGAAACAUUCUUAUUUCCAUACUGACAAAAUCAUGAUGAUUUUAUUUUUCUGUGCUUUUUACCAUGGUGUCAUGAUUUGGAUAUUUAUAUAUAAAGAACAGAAGCUUGCUCAAUCAAACCGUUAAAUGGCCCAGCAGGCUGAUUGGUAAGCCACACCUUGACCCAUUAUUCCUGUACACCAGGUAGUUAGAGCAGUUCAUGAUUUAAGCCUUUGUAUAGUAACUUUUAGUUUCUUCCUUGUAGAUGUUGGUGUGGGGUAUCAAAGUGCAGAAAACAGCUCUUUUGCAACAGAAUCAGCCUGGGCGCAAAUACGUCCCACAUGAUGCUCUGUGGCUUCUCUGUUAAUACUUACGUUUUACCUUCAUUAUACUUGUCUGGCUUAUUUUAUGUUAUUUUAAAGAAUGUUCAUUGAGAAUAGAUGACUUACUGCAGACCAAAUCAACCAACAGUUAUAAAGAAAGCAACAAGGUUUGCAUAUAAUCUCUUGAAUCUUGGGACAAAAAUAAUAAUUUUAUUUUGUUACUGUGUUUAAUGCAUGGCUAUUGUUAAGGUUCAAAAUAUUGGGAAGAGAUGCAGGAGGAAAUGCAAGUAACCACAAUGUUCCAAGAGGUGAAGUCAAACAAUGAUUUUAAUGAACAAGCGUGGGAGAAUGAGCUGACCCUGUGCGCAGACAGCAUCAAAAUCUCAUCCCCAAAACUUCAGAACACAGUUUUAUGCAUCGGGGUAUUAGAACGCCCCCUCAAGCGUUAGAAAAACACAAUACAAGCAUACGUCAAAUCAAAACCACAAACAUUCAGUUAACUUUUGACACAUUUUAAAAGAACAUUUGCUUACAUCUUCUUCCAGGUGCUGUCCCUGCAACCACAGCUCUAGCAUAGCUGUUAGACAUCCUGCACUUGCAUCAAACCGUCAUGUACACAGACAUAAAAACUGCAACCCUAGCAAAACAUACUUAAACUUUCACCUACAAAAUGAACUCACUACUGUAUGUGUGUGUGGGGGGGGGGGUGUGUGUGUUACCCUCGCUUUGCACCUUCUUUGACCUCUCUGCUUAUGCAACCAGGCCGAGGCCUUCCUCAUGUGUGUAACAAUCUUGACUUCUAUGUAAAAUGUAUAAGAAUGCAAAAUGUAAAAAUGCAUUAAGCAAAUGUUUCAAUCUAAUACCACUGCUUAAAACUAAAAUAAAUAAAAGGUAUACAUGAAUAAAAUAAUAAAG